AUUUGAUACAUAAAUUCGUAAAAGUAUAGAAAUGGAUAAUUUCUGUGUGCCCAAAGCAAUCAAUCGUCACGUGAUGCAGGCAUUUACUGCACUACAGGGCAAACGUUCGGGUACAAUGUUUGUGCUAGCGGAUUCAAUCAUACAACAGGUUCAAUACCAGAUGCGACGCAAUCGAAGGCUGCUUAAUGUGGAGUGUAAUGUCAAGAAGUGUCUCAGCUCCCUGACUCAUCUUGGCAUAUUGGUACGCUCCGGAACUUCUGAGUAUGCCUUGCGCCAAAAUUUAGAGUUUGACCAAGGUGUUAGUGCGAUUCCCUGGCAGACAAGCGAAUCAGCUAAAAAAAUCGUGAAACCUAAACGCACUGUGAAGAAGCCCAAAUCGCUGACGACAAAGUCAAGAAAUAUUAAAAAUGGCAUAAUUAAGACAAAGCUACGCGAGACAGUUGCCAAAUCAAUUGGUCCGACGUCCAAGUGUGAUCAUACCCAAUUCAAACGCAAUUGUGUCCAGUGCAUGGAAAGUCACCCGGCCUAUUCCGCGCUUCUAAAUUCAUUAAAUGAAAUUGGACGGCCAAUAAAAAAUAUGGCAAGAAGCGUCACUGACAUGGAAGUGGACCCAAUGAACCUUCAUACAGAAAGUCCAGAUGUUAAGGUUACAGCCGGAUUCAUUUCCAUUGUCAGCCCUUGUCUUAUUCCACAAUUUUAUUAGACACUUUUUGGACAAACUUAAUUAUUUGUACAACUCUUUGCCGAUUGUUUAAACCAUUCAAAUAAAUUGUAUUGCCAAGUGAAAAUGUA